AUGCCGAAGGUGCAGCCCCCGGAGCUGCGCAAGUUUAUGGACAAGAAGCUCAGCAUCAAGCUCAACGCCAACCGCCACGUCACGGGCACGCUGCGCGGGUUCGACCCCUUCAUGAACAUCGUGCUGGACAACACCGUGGACAUGAAAGCCAAGCAGGACAUUGGCAUGGUGGUCAUCCGCGGAAACAGCAUCAUCACUUUGGAAGCCAUGGAGCCCAUUUUUUGA